UUUGUCUUUCUUUCAAACAUGAAGUACGCGUCUUUCAUCGCCGCUGCUGCGGCUGCGCUCGCCAGCGCCGUUAGCGCCGCCGGCGUUUCUGGUGCUGCUGAGGGUUUCGCCAAGGGCGUCACUGGUGGUGGCAGCGCUACCCCAGUUUACCCUUCCACCACCGAUGAGCUGGUCUCAUACCUUGGUGACAGCCAGGCGCGUGUUAUCAUCCUCACCAAGACCUUUGACUUCACCAACACCGAGGGCACCGAAACCAGCAAGGGCUGCGCUCCUUGGGGUACUGCCUCCGGCUGCCAGCUUGCCAUCAACAAGGACAACUGGUGCAACAACUACGAACCCAACGCUCCUACUGUGAGCAGCAUCACCUACAACAAGGCUGGUGUUCUUGGUAUCACUGUCAACUCCAACAAGUCGAUUGUCGGCCAGGGUAGUGCCGGUGUCAUCAAGGGUCGUGGUCUCCGUAUCGUCAGCGGUGCUAAGAACGUCAUCAUCCAGAACAUUGCUAUCACCGACAUCAACCCCCAGUACGUCUGGGGUGGUGAUGCCAUUACUCUGAACGAGGCCGACCUUGUCUGGAUCGACCACGUUACCACUGCCCGUAUCGCCCGUCAGCACAUCGUCCUCGGUACCCAGGCUGACAACCGUGUCACCAUCUCCAACUCCCUCAUCGACGGUCGCACCGACUACUCCGCUACCUGCAACGGCUACCACUACUGGGGUGUCUACCUUGACGGUUCCAACGACAUGGUCACCAUGAAGGGCAACUACUUCUACCACACCUCCGGCCGUAUGCCCAAGGUCCAGGGCAACACCCUUCUCCACGCCGUCAACAACUACUUCCACGACGUCAAGGGCCAUGCCUUCGAGAUCGGCUCCGGUGGCUACGUCCUCGCCGAGGGUAACGCUUUCCAGAACGUCGAUGCCCCCGUUGAGUCCCCCAUCAGCGGACAGCUCUUCAGCGCCCCUGAUGCCACCACUAACGAGCAGUGCAAGUCCGUCUUCGGCCGUGCUUGCCAAAUCAACGCCUUCGGCAGCUCUGGUUCCUUCAGCCAGGCUGAUACCGCCGUCAUCUCUAAGUUCUCUGGCAAGAACAUCGCUGGUGCUCACCUUGCUCAGAACAUCCCCAGGUGGGUCGUGGCCAACGCUGGCCAGGGCAAGCUCUAAAUCAUCGAGUAAGAGAUCUUUGUUCGAAGAGUGCGUGUGGGUAAGAAUGUCGAAAUUCUUGGGGACGAUAAUUAAUCUUCGUGUAUCUACUUCUUUUUAAUACUUUAGCAAGCUACAAUAUUAUUAAAUUAGCUUGAA